UCUUUAUGCGCCAAGUGCGCAAAGCCACUGGUGGUGGAAGUGCACGAUGAUGAUGAUGAUGAUGAUGAGGGAGACAUCCCCAUGAGUACGGAUGAUGGUGAUGAUGAUGGUGAUGAAGGUGCCACAGCCACCGUCCCAGACGACGUCCAACUCUCCUGCGGCCACCACUUCCACUGGGAAUGCCUGCUCGAUUCCUACGAAAUCGAAACAUGUCCCAAAUGCGGCCGAAACAUCACCACCCCAGCAGCAACAGCAGGAUCUUCCUCAUCUGCAACAACAACAACAACAACAACAGGAACCUCCUCUGACCCCCAAAUCCUCGUCAAUCUCCACAACGAAGGAGGUUUCCAAUCCCAAAUCGACAUCUUCCCCAUCCUGCAAGAAGAAUCCUAUUUGCACGCCUAUCCCGAAGAGCGCAAAUCUCGCGCCUUUCUCGAAUUCUGCAAACAAGGCGAUCAUCGCGCCAUUGCAGACUUGAUUAAAAGCUGCAACACCAACAACAACAAUAACCCAGAAGAACAACAAGAAGAAAACACCUCACCACCCGCUUCCCAUAUCCUCCGCUACCAGGACCCUCUCAAUGGGAUGCAAUCCGGUCUCCACGCCGCAGUGGCCCACGGACAUCGCGAAGUGGCCUGGCUGCUGUUAUUAUUGGCGUCAGAAUUGCCUGAAUUGGAAUUCCCUGCUGUGGUGUAUCAGGAGGCGGCGACGUUGGAGGUGAUGCGGGGGGAUCAGAGUGGGAUGGUGGAUAUUCGGAGUUUGAAAGAUGCGAGGGGUAGGACGGCGGAGGAUCUGGCGAGGGAG